AUGAGUCUCGUAGGAGCGCCUCCACCUCGUCCACCGUACGCACAGUCCCAGAUGUAUAUCGAUCACACAACCAGGGAGAAGGAGGAACUCGAGGCACCAGUGCAGAUCCAACUGGGUUUAUUACAGGAUGGCCCGAGGGUCCAAGGAGGGGAGGAAAGCCGGGGCGCAACCACAGUUAAACGGAGCCAAUGUCAGGAUACAGAACCAGCAAAAGCACCUGAGCCUUCAAAACCUGAAAACUCAACUGAACCAGCUAAGACAACUCAACAGGAAGAGCAUGAACUCAAAAAUGGGAAAGAAGAUGCUAAUGCACAGAAGCCAGCACGUCCGGGUCCCCAAACAAAUGAGUAUGCUGAUGCCCAGCUUCAAGAGAUUGUCAAGAAAUUGCGGGAAAGGGCAAAUGUCUAUAAGGAAAAGCUGAAUGACCCAGUGAUAUCUUCACCUGAAGCAAGUCCUCCAACUUCUGUUCAUUGUGUAAAGGAGGCAGAAGCAAAGCCAGAGGAGGAUCAUUACUGUGAUAUGCUGUGCUGUAAAUUCAAAAAACCUCCACUGAAAAAAUACAUGGAGUAUAUGAAGCUACCAGAUACCAUUGACUCAUACACAGACCGCCGUUACGUGGCGUGGCUGAUGCUUGUGACAAUUGCCUACAACUGGAACUGCUGGUUCAUUCCCCUGCUCUACGUGUUCCCGUACCAAACCCCCAGCAACACCAUAUACUGGUUUGCCAUUGAUGUCAUCUGUGACAUCUGCUACCUGUGCGACUUGAUCAUUUUCCAGCCCCGAGUGAGAUUCAUCAAAGGGGGAGAUAUAAUAGUAAACAGAGCAGAAACAGAGAAAUUCUACCGCAGCUCUGUGAAGUUUCGGCUUGAUGUGAUAUCAGUGUUUCCAUUUGACAUUUUAUACUUCUUCUUUGGAUUUAAUCCAGCACUUCGAGCAAACAGGAUGCUAAAGCAUAACACAUUCUUUGAGUUUAAUGAUCGUUUGGAAGCUAUUAUGGAAAAAGCAUACAUCUACAGGGUCAUUCGAACAACUGGAUACUUGCUGUUUAUCUUGCACAUUAAUGCAUGCCUGUAUUAUUGGGCUUCAGACUAUGAAGGAAUUGGCAGCACUAGAUGGGUGUAUGAUGGCGAAGGAAACAUGUACCUGAGGUGUUACUACUGGGCCGUUCGGAGUUUAAUCACCAUCGGUGGCCUUGCAGAGCCACAAACGCUGUUUGAGAUCAUUUUUCAACUGCUGAAUUAUUUCAUGGGUGUCUUUGUCUUCUCCAGCUUGAUUGGUCAGAUGAGAGACGUAAUUGGAGCAGCAACAGCAGGGCAGAACUACUUUCGUUCCUGUGUGGACAACACUGUCUCCUAUAUGAACACCUAUUCUAUUCCAAAACUGGUGCAGAAUCGUGUUCGAAUGUGGUAUGAAUACACAUGGGACUCUCAGGGAAUGCUGGAUGAAUCAGAAUUACUGGAGCAGAUGCCAACCAAAAUGCACUUAGCUGUUGCAAUUGAUGUGAACUUUUCCAUUGUCAACAAAGUGGACUUAUUCAAAGGCUGUGAUACCCAGAUGAUAUAUGACAUGCUGCUAAGGUUGAAAUCCAUUGUAUAUUUACCUGGUGACUUUGUCUGCAAAAAGGGAGAGAUUGGCAGAGAGAUGUACAUCAUCAAACAGGGUGAAGUUCAAGUCCUCGGAGGCCCUGAUGGUACCAAAGUCCUGGUUACACUAAGAGCAGGAGCUGUAUUUGGGGAGAUCAGCCUACUAGCUGCGGGUGGAGGAAAUCGAAGGACUGCCAACGUGGUGGCUCAUGGUUUUGCCAACCUUUUCAUUCUGGACAAGAAAACACUCAAUGAAAUCUUGGUGAACUAUCCUGACUCAGAAAAACUUCUUAUGAAGAAAGCAAAGGUGCUGCUGAAGCAGAAGGGGAAACCUCCUCCAGGACCACCAGUGCAACAACCACGAGGCUUGGCCAGUCUCUUCGGGCAGAAACAGGAAACUCCAAAAUUGUUUAAAGCAAUGCUUGGAGGAAAAGGAAAAGAAGGCCUUGCUAAGCUGCUGCAGCUGAAGAAACAACAAGAAACUCAGGAAACUAAAGCUGAAACAGAGACCAAGCCUAAAGAAGAGGAGAAGAAAACUGUGGAGCCCGCAGCCCCCUCUGCACCCCCUGCUAAAAAGGAAAAGCCACAGGCAGAUGCUAAGCCUGCAGUUAUGCAGAGAACAACCAGUAAGGACUCUCUGAUCAUUAGUAUGACACCAUCCCCCAGAGCAGGAGAAGGAGAGAUCCUUAAAGUUGAAAUUAAAGAGAAAGAAAAUAAAUAG